AUGUCAGCACAUACCCCAAGGAGAGAGGGAAAGGUGGGUGCAACAAGCGAUGGUGAAAGCAGGCCCAAGGCAGCAGCAACAUUGGUUGCUGCUGCCCUGGGACAGCACAGGUGCGUGCAUUGUGGUGACAGCAGCAGGCCCAAGGCAGCAGCAACAUUGGUUGCUGCUGCCCUGGGACAGCACAGGUGCGUGCAUUGUGGUGACAGCAGCAGGCCCAAGGCAGCAGCAACAUUGGUUGCUGCUGCCCUGGGACAGCACAGGUGCGUGCAUUGUGGUGACAGCAGCAGGCCCAAGGCAGCAGCAACAUUGGUUGCUGCUGCCCUGGGACAGCACAGGUGCGUGCAUUGUGGUGACAGCAGCAGGCCCAAGGCAGCAGCAACAUUGGUUGCUGCUGCCCAGGGACAGCACAGCAGCAGGCCCAAGGCAGCAGCAACAUUGGUUGCUGCUGCCCAGGGACAGCACAGGUGCGUGCAUUGUGGUGACAGCAGCAGGCCCAAGGCAGCAGCAACAUUGGUUGCUGCUGCCCUGGGACAGCACAGGUGCCUGCAUUGUGGCAGCAGCAGGCCCAAGGCAGCAGCAACAUUGGUUGCUGCUGCCCUGGGACAGCACAGGUGCGUGCAUUGUGGUGACAGCAGCAGGCCCAAGGCAGCAUCAACAUUGGUUGCUGCUGCCCAGGGACAGCACAGGUGCGUGCAUUGUGGUGACAGCAGCAGGCCCAAGGCAGCAGCAACAUUGGUUGUUGCUGCCCUGGGACAGCACAGGUGCCUGCAUUGUGGCAGCAGCAGGCCCAAGGCAGCAGCAACAUUGGUUUCUGCUGCCCUGGGACAGCACAGGUGCGUGCAUUGUGGUGACAGCAGCAGGCCCAAGGCAGCAGCAACAUUGGUUGCUGCUGCCCUGGGACAGCACAGGUGCGUGCAUUGUGGUGACAGCAGCAGGCCCAAGGCAGCAGCAACAUUGGUUGCUGCUGCCCUGGGACAGCACAGGUGCCUGCAUUGUGGUGACAGCAGGCCCAGUGCAACAGAAACAUUGGUUGCUGCUGCCCUGGGACAGCACAGGUGCCAGCAUUGUGGUAACAGCAGGCCCAAGGCAGCAGCAACAUUGGUUGCUGCUGCCUUGCGCUCGAACAGUAGGGCGUGUGCUGCCCCACGUUCCCCUUCAGUGCGCAGUUCUCCCAGGACACUCGGGAGCGGGGGUCGUAGCCCGGUCACCCCACGUGUGAGCUGCGUGUCGCCAACAGCGCGCGCUGCUCGUCGCGCGGGCUCCUCCGCUGCUACGCGCGCGGGCUCCUCCGCUGCUCGUCGCACGGGCUCCUCCGCUGCUCGUCGCGCGGGCUCCUCCGCUGCUCGUCGUGCGGGCUCCUCCGCUGCUCGUCGCGCGGGCUCCUCUGCUGCUCGUCGCGCGGGCUCCUCCGUUUCUCGUCGGGUGGGCUCCUCCGCUGCUCGUUGCGCAUUCACGCGGGCUGCUCGUCUCCCAGUGCACGAGCUGCGUUGUCUGGAGCGUCCACCCUCAGCGCCCGGGGCGUGA